AUGAAGAGCCUCCGGAGCAAAGCCUCGCGCUUCUUUCGAGAUAGCCCAACCCCGGAUGAGAAGGUCGCCGUGACCGACGCGUCAGAUGUAGACUUUGAUGCCGGCAUACAAAGCGCAGAAGUGACGAGAAAACCGUCACGAUUCUUUGGUCGCAAGAAGGACAAGCUCGACAAACCACUCCCCACUCCGCCGUCAACCUCUUCGUCGUCAUCUACACUACUCGCUUCAGUCACAAAGCCGGUCGCUCCUUGUGACAACGGAAAUGGUUUCGACGACUUGCCAGACUACGACGACGAGGAUGAGGCAGAGUCGUCUCAAACUGCUUCAACUUCACACGACUCAUCCAUCACUCCAGAGCAGAAUUGUACAGUUGAUGAGUCGAAGGCGCCCAAGAUCAAACCCCGCUCCAGCUUCUCAGCGUUGAAGAACAAGAGUACGACAAUCACCGACUUUAUUCGCUUCUGCAAAGCCAGUCUAACAUGGAAACUAGGCUCACGUCUCUUCGGUGGCAUGAAAGGCGUUGACUGUUCGCACUCACCGCCGCCUCCUCCGCCCUUGCCACAGAUUCCGGUCGAUAUCGUGGCACCCAAGACGCGCAGACGAGUUCUCACGCCAUAUUCCACAGCUCGAAGUUCUCGUUCGUCUCUCCCCCACGCUCAAGGUCGCAGCAUCUCCAUCUCGCGGCCUCAACCCAUGCCACAGCUAUGCAAUCUCCCGAUACCAGAGAACGCAAUGACCGUUCCUUUUGAGAAGCGUCCUGGCCCGCCACCGACUCGCCCCGAUCGCCCCGAGAGCCUAGAUGAGGAGACUCUGGCAUUCAUGCAAGAGGCUGGUGUGCGCAUGGUCUACUCCUCCAGUCACCGCGUCAGCGCUAGCACAGCAACUACAUCCACCACCCGCAGUCAGACCAGCUCCAUCGAAGCACGUCUCGGAUUUCCCUGCGGAUUUGGUACUCCGCGCAACUUCUCCAUCGAUUCCCCCCUCGCCGCACGCUUCGUCCCAGAUCCUUCCCAGCGCCUCCCCGUCCGCGAUAGUGACGGCAGUCUAAGGUUCAGUCGCUUCAGCGAGUACGUCAAAUACAAGUCAAGUAGCGUGGAUGGCGUGGAUGGCGUGGAUGCAGAGGACCGUGAGCUUGGCCCAAUUGAGCAGUACCGCGCUAUCUCAAAAGAAGCUGACUGGGCCCUGGAAAAGCGGAAGCGCAUUGGUACUACGACAGAGCGUCUGUGGUUUGGUGGGGGCUUCAAGUUGACUGAUCAGCAUAUCGAUGAUCUACUGGGAUUGAGUCUGGCGUCUCCCAAGGAUUUGGAGGUCAUCGGGUUCACAUAUGAGGAUGUGAGCUACGCAGCUCAUAACGCCACAUAUGCAAUCGGUCUGACAGACGCCGGCAUAACUAGACUCGCACUCCACUGCCCCAAGCUUAACAAAGUAGAACUGCCUGGUACAUCUCACCUAGGAGACGAAGCAAACCUCAGUCUCCUGGAGCACUGCCCCGAUCUCGGAUACCUACAAUUCACAUAUGCGUCUGGAAACCACAGGAGCACCUCGGAGCAGUGGAUCGAAACAUUCCGUGCUCAUCCUGAAUGGGCACCGAGUCUCAAGACGCUGCGUAUUGAUCGUAGCCACCCUCUUUCCAAGCUGUUGCAGGAGCUGGGGAAAGAGAGGCCAGAACUUACGUUUGAGCUGAUGCGUACGAGGGAGGAGAAGAUAUGGGGAGACUGGGAGUUGGACGUCACAGCGGAAACGUUUAAGAAUGGGAAAGAGUGCUGGAAGAAAGGGAGUGGUGGUGGUGGUGGUAGUAUGUACACUGACGAUACCAUCGCUCUCAAUGUACACCUUAAUGUCAACCACGAAAAGCUUCUAGCAAUGAAAUUCUCAAUCCUAGAAAAGAUGCCGCCAAUUCGCACACAAAAGAAAUAUUCCUCUCCUCUGCGAGGCGUACCCAGUCUCGCAGCCUUUGGCUUCAGGCCUAUUCCCAAAGAGGAUGCGCUAGUGACAGCAGCGGUUCGUGCCGCCGCACCUGCAUCUGCACUUCCAUUCCCACCUUCCUCACCAGCGAGCAACUCGUACUCGUGUGUAGACGUAGUAUCACAACAAGCAUUGUCGACUUCACAGUCAGUCCCUACUGUCCAAGAAGUCGCAAAGCCCAAGCCUCGUCUUCUCAGGCCCCUAGUCCGGGGUGAACGCAAUGUUGUCAUCACGGACUCGAGGAGGGAUUGGGACGGCCAGUAUUACAGAGUCAUUGGGACGUCGACACAAAAAAUCAAAUUUGGAUAUGCUUGUGAAUUAGCAGAGUAUGUUGAAUCUACUUACGACCUGCCCCUCUCCCUUAGCAACCGCAUCAACGAUAUAGUCUCCCUCGGUCCCAAAGUCUGUAACAACAUGGAUUUUGAAUUCGACUACAAAGACGUCGACUACAAGGCCCACAACGAAAUUAGCCCCUCGCUCAAAAAGAUCUCCCUGCCCGGAGCCAACCUCAACGACGACGCCCUCCUCGACUGCCUCGCCUGGUGCCAAAAACUAACACAUCUCGAAAUUACGGGCACGGGCAUUACCGGAACCGCAUUUUUGGAGGCGGCUGAGAACCCGGAUUGGGCGCCGGGCCUGAAGAAGCUGAGGGUGCCGCGAGGAAAUACAAAGUAUAUGCGGGCUAUGAGGGUUUUGGGGAGGGCGAGACCCCAGCUGACCAUUGAGCUUGUGUGGUAUAGCGAGGAGAAGAAGUGGGGUUCGUGGGACUUGGUGGUGGUAUCCGAGAAAUAUAGGAAAGGGAGGAAAGUUUAUUAG